GUAAACCAGCCCCAGGACUGCUGAACCUUUGGAGUUUGAUAUGAUGAUUAGGGAAUAACUGGAGCAACACAUCGCAAACUCUCCGUAAUCAAGAAGACCUUUUUCCCGGGCGGUGAUCUCCAAAAUUGCUCAGUGAGCACCCCUAAUUAACCUGAUUUUUUGCUGAUAAUCACUCACAAUGGAAUCAAAUCACAAAUCCGGGGAUGGAUUGACCGGCACACAGAAAGAAGCUGCCCUCCGUGCGUUAAUUCAGCGAACAGGAUAUAAUUUGAUCCAGGAAAAUGGGCAGAGGAAAUACGGAGGCCCACCACCCGGCUGGGAUGGCCCUCCGCCAGAGAGGGGGUGCGAGAUCUUUAUUGGGAAACUUCCUCGAGACCUCUUUGAAGAUGAACUUAUACCACUGUGUGAAAAAAUUGGCCAAAUCUAUGAAAUGAGAAUGAUGAUGGACUUUAAUGGCAACAACAGGGGCUACGCCUUUGUGACCUUCUCGAAUAAACAGGAGGCGAAGAAUGCAAUAAAACAACUCAAUAAUUAUGAAAUCAGGAAUGGGCGUCUCCUUGGAGUCUGUGCCAGUGUGGACAACUGCCGCUUGUUUGUGGGAGGGAUCCCCAAAACAAAGAAGAGGGAAGAAAUUCUGGCAGAGAUGAAGAAAGUCACAGAUGGAGUCAUGGAUGUCAUUGUCUAUCCUAGCGCAGCCGAUAAAACAAAAAACCGGGGUUUUGCUUUUGUGGAAUAUGAAAGCCACCGGGCAGCAGCAAUGGCCAGGAGAAAAUUGCUCCCAGGAAGGAUCCAAUUGUGGGGACACCCUAUCGCUGUUGACUGGGCGGAACCAGAAGUGGAGGUGGACGAAGACACCAUGUCAUCGGUAAAAAUUCUCUACGUGAGGAACCUCAUGCUCUCAACCACUGAAGAGACCAUAGAAAAGGAAUUCAACAACAUCAAACCAGGUGCAGUAGAGAGAGUAAAGAAAAUUAGAGACUAUGCCUUUGUGCACUUUAAUAAAAGAGAAGACGCCAUUGAAGCUAUGAAAGCCUUGAAUGGGAAGGUUCUGGAUGGGUCCCCGAUUGAGGUGACGUUAGCCAAGCCCGUUGACAAAGACAGCUAUGUCCGAUACACUCGGGGCACAGGUGGCAGAGGUACCAUGCUGCAAGGAGAAUACACCUAUGCCUUUGGACACAUGUACGACCCCGCCACUGCCUACCUAGGUGCCCCGGUUUUCUACGCUCCCCAAGCCUAUGCAGCUAUCCCCAACCUCCACUUCCCUGCCACCAAGGGGCUCAGCAACAGAAGCAUCAUCCGGCCCCCAUCCAUCCGAGAAAUUUACAUGAAUGUACCUGUAGGGGCUGCGGGAGUUAGAGGACUGGGAGGUCGCGGCUACCUGGCGUACACGGGCCUGGGGCGUGGAUACCAGCUCAAAGGAGAAAAGAGAGGAGAGGAUAAACUCUACGACCUCUUGCCAGGAAUGGAGCUCACACCGAUGAACCACAUCACGCUAAAGCCCCAAGGGAUCAAACUUGCUCCUCAGAUCUUGGAAGAAAUCUGCCAGAAAAACAACUGGGGACAACCUGUUUAUCAGCUCCACUCUGCAAUUGGCCAAGACCAAAGACAGCUCUUCCUAUACAAAAUCACCAUCCCUGCCCUUGCCAGCCAGAACCCCACCAUACAUCCCUUCACACCACCCAAGCUCAGCGCCUAUAUUGAUGAAGCCAAAACGUACGCAGCAGAAUACACCCUUCAGACAUUGGGCAUUCCCACGGAGGGAGCCGAGGUGCCUCCUGCAGCACCAGCUUUUCCAGGAUAUACCAUUGCUAAUGCAGCUGCAACUGUCACAGCCACUCAGCUCAAACAAGCAGUUACUAUGGGACAAGAUUUAGCGACAUAUGCAGCCUACGAAGCCUACCCAGCCUUUGCAGUCACUGCACGCAGUGAUGGAUACGGAGCAUUUUAAUCCUGUCUUUAUUUGAGUUCCCUUAAACUGAGCACAGGUAGAAAAAAGAUAUCUCGCUCCGGUAAUUCUUACACCCUCAUGAUUUUAAACUAACCCGUUGCCUGAAGUCAGAUUUUAUUUGGAGUUUCAUUCUUGUAGUUCUUUAGUUUCAGAACAGGAUGUUAGGGAAGGAAAAGGAGAAAAUAUUAAAAAAAAGAUCACUCAAAAUCAGAUUUUCACACUUGAAAACAAAAUCUCAGCCCAGAAAAUGAGUGGCUUUCAAGCGUGUGUGUAUACAUACAUAUAUGUGUGUAUAGACAUACGCUGUUGUGUGUGUGUUUACAAGCAACAACCUGUGCUGAAAACUGGUGGUCCCGUCAAUGUUGUGACAUUGGACAAGGGAAUGAUGGGGUGUCUCCAGCAAGGCCCCCUGUGCAACAUUUGGUCUCCACUAUUCACCCCAAAAUUUCAGCCAAGCAGACUCCAAAAUUUCUCAAGCCGGGCAGAACAACCGGCAAAAUGAAAAGCUGCCCUUUGGCCACAUGAAGGUCUCCAGUUUGCCUCUUACUGCCUCCAAGCAUCCCAUGCCACCAGCACUGUGGAGAUGUGUUUAGGCAUCUCAGAUGUUUUUUUAAAUUCAUUCUCCGCAACCAAGGAAAAAAAAUCAUUUGUCACACUGGCUGUCUGGCCAGCCAACAGGCUAAUUUUCCAUACCCUUGAAUAUUAAUUUGAUCUUUAAAGCAGGAGGUAAGCAUUCAGCAAAUUUUUCCCUCUUACUUUGCUACUUCCCAGCCUUACUUACAAGUCACAAACCAGCAAAUAACAGCAAUUUUUUUUUACUUCCUAUCCAAUGGCACAUUCAGUGAAAGAGAGAAAAACUUUCAGGACUAUUAAGGUUGAGGAACAGAAAAGUGCUGUUCAUUAGGGCCAGUUCUCCACUUAAUUAGAACACAAGAGUACACAGCCACAGGCAAGUAAUAACAGGCACCUCUACAGGAAUAAAAUUAUAUACAAGGAACAUUUUCGACAGGAUAGAAGGAGCCUUGCCUGGCUAUCAGCACUGCUUUACACAUUAAAGCAAGGCUGCUGUGACUCUUACAAAAAUUAAUUUAGUGCGAGAUGGUUCCUGUCAACAGUAAAGUUCCUCUUGUUUUGGAGAGCACCAGCGUUGGUCUUCAUUUGAACACUUUGGGGAUGCUCAGAGCAUCCUUUGGUUUACAGCAGCAGGGAAUUAUGCAUUUAUUUCUGCCAUUGGAUUGAAGUAGGAGUAAUGAUGCUCUAGAGAUAGAAGAAUCCAGUGUUAGAUCAUGACAGCUACCAAUAAUGCUAUGUAAUAUAUCCUAUCUAGUAAUUCAUGCAAAGUAAACUUGAAUUUGCUCGGUCAAAAAAACUCUACCCUUUUCGGGGUAGAAUUUUCAGCUGGGUUGGCAAUGCCCAUCAGAGAUCUGGUCCCAGAUUUGUCAUCCAGUGUAGACGAGGUAAUGUGGCACCAUUUCGAGCAGAACUUUCCUGUGCACCACCCCCAAAGCUGUACGAAGUAUAACGGUUUGUGACAAGGUGUGACUACCAGGAGCUAAAUAUUUUCUAGUCUCCGGCUUCAGCUGACUUGAUUUCACUAGGAAUGGAACAAAACCACAUAAGCUAUAUAGUGUGCAGUUCUAUUAGACCCUUUCUAUUUAUAAAGUAGCUCAUUAGUGUGAUCCUGAAGGUAUUACAAGCCCUCCGUGAUUGCUGUUCACCCCACUUGGCUUCACAGAAAACAAGAAGCCUCUUCACAGAGGGCAAAAUAAGCAAGAGUGUUAUGGGUACUGUGGCUUUAUUUUCUCUUCUGCCUAUGUCUUUUAUGCUGUGUUUGAUUGCCAACGAGUAACAUAUCCAUGCAUAUCUCUCUCUCUCUCUAAAACACUACCGUUGGCAUAAAGUGUUUCUCAAUUUCCAUUUUCAGUAACUUCAGUCUGCUUUUUCAAGCUAUUUAUAUAAAUUCAGAAAGAUGUCAAAGAAAAGGGCAAGAAGCAGUAUUAAAAAGAAUGUGCAUGAAGCACUUAUUUUUGUACGCGUAGUACAAUAUUUGUAUAGAGUUUUAACACAAUGAAGUGUAGUCAAAAAUCAGACUAUUUACUGGAGGACAACCAUCGUGUAUGUUUAAAAAGAAUGAAGUGAAAAUGGCAUCUGAAUCAUCCAUUACAAGGAAAUUAUAACUGGGGUUAAAUUCUGUAAAGCAAGUCUAUAAUUCUAAAGUAAUCCAAGGACAUUAACUGGACUUUGAAAUAUCAUUAAAGCUUUCUAAACCAACAUGCAUGCCUUAGUCUUUA